CCUUAUAAGGAAUAUAUCAAUGCUUUCUUUGUCCCGUAAACUAUAGAUCAGAUCCGUCUAUGUAGUUUUGUUGUGUGUGUGUUUCUUCUUUACUCCUCGACUCACUUCUCUCUCGUAGCAACGAAGUCGUCGUCGCGUGGAAUCAGCGAAGCCCAAAGAGAACCUCCACCAAUUUUGACCAGAUAUAGUCCGUUGUGAAUCAAAAAACAUUACGCCAGAAGAAGAAAAAAAAACGAGAAAGAAAGGGAGGAAUAAGAAGAAGAAAAAAAAGUUCCUUAUAGUAUCACAAACUGGUGCCCUUAUUUUUAUCCCCUUUCGUGUGUUUAUAGUCAACGACUUUUCUUCUUUUCUUCCUCCAUCGUUUUUCUUCUUAUUUAAAAAAUCUUUUUUUUUUUGUGUCUUCGUAUUCUCUCCUCUUUCUCAUGUUCACUGGUGGUUAUUCCACUUUCUACUUCAAUUCAGUCCGUGAUGAGGAUGUAAAAACAAAAGCAAAACAACCAAAAAAGCGUAACGAACAAAACCGAAAAACAAAAACAAAAACACAAAAAACCCCGACAAGAACCUGUUAAUGAGAACAGUCAUUGGUUAUUGUUCUCACGAUGUCAGAUGCAAAUGCGAUUUCCCACGAGUGUCCGUUUCACGUCCCCUCCCGCACAACUAGGUUAGUAGUGUAUGAAAAAAUGUAGCGGCGGCUGGAAGGCCACAAGUCUCUACUCUCUCUCAGCACACAUCGUGGAAAAAAUAACACCAACAACAACAACAAGGAAAAAGUAGUUAUUUGUUGUUGUGGGUUGGUGGUUGGUGUUUUAUUUACCGUUUGUUUUUUUGCCUUCAGUUGUUUGGGGGUCUCUUCCGUUGGCGGUGUGAAGAAGAGGUCAACUUGGUUAAAAAGAAAAGCUUUUUACUACGGAGUGUCAACAAAACACAACACACUGUUGUAAGUGUGUUGUGUUUUGUCUUCACCAACUUCGAAUCUACCCCUGGACUAUCUAGCGAUCAUCAACCCUCAAUACUAUUAAUAUCGUACCGAAAAUAAUAAUAAUAAUAAUAAUAAUCUACAGCUGUCUUGUAUAAAAGCUUGGAAAACUUGUUAAUGACAUGGAAUAUUUAAUUAAUCUGCCGUUAGCAUGAAUGAAAAAGACCACAUGAACACCAGCCAGAACAGCUUCUUGUAUGCUUUUGGGAACAGUACCGAAACUGGAGCUCAGUUGAUGUAUACGAGUUCCAAUCAUGGACUGCCGGGGUCUGUUUGUACAUCAGAGGCUGGAUACAUUGUAUAUACCACUGCGGCGCCAGGGAUGGAGUCUGUCACAGACUCCUCUGGAUUGCUGCCACAACCUCACUUACAGGAAGUAAUCACAGAACACCUUGACAAUCACUUGGUACAUCCAAGGACGACUUUAAUAAAUGGACGUAUGGCUCAAAACGGAUUUGAUAAUCCGAUGGACUUAUCGAAUGGUAAAGUAGUUCAAGUUAUUGACAUGAAAAAAGAGGAUUCUCGACAAUACGAUCACAAUCAAGCAGCUACGAAUUACCAUCACAAUGGUGUGACGGUUGGCAUACCAGAAUCUCAACAUGGGGCUUCAGAGCACUUAAUGCCAGCUGGGUCCCUAACACCACCUGACAAAAUAAGUGGCGACUCGAUUUCUAUGGCAAACAUCCGUCCACUUGGCAUCAGUACGCUAACCAAUACAAUCAAGACCCCACCAAGUCCAAUGCCUACUCCAUCUCCACCAAUCAAUAGGAUUACAGGUGAUAUUGAUCAUUCAGACUCAAGGAUUACUCACCCGUUUUCUCGCAGUCAUUGGACUACGGAUGUUCUGGAGAACCGCCAUGUAGGUCAAUAUCAAGACCAAAGAUUAACGAGAGAAGCUAUGAGAAAAUAUCUACGAGACCGUGGAGACCAGGUAUUGGUCAUAUUACAUGCCAAAGUUGCCCAAAAGUCAUAUGGAAAUGAAAAAAGAUUUUUCUGUCCUCCUCCUUGUAUAUACUUGUUUAAUAAUGGUUGGAAGCGGAAAAAAGAGCAGUUAGAAAGAGAUGGUGCCACAGAACAAGAAUCCUUGGUAUGUGCAUUCAUGGGUAUCGGUAACUCAGAUCAGGAUAUGGUUCAGCUGAAUUUAGAAGGAAAGAAUUAUUGUGCUGCUAAAACUUUGUAUAUAUCUGAUUCUGAUAAACGAAAGCAUUUUAUGUUGUCUGUGAAGAUGUUUUAUGGCAAUAGUCAAGACAUAGGUAUGUUCAACAGCAAAAGAAUCAAAGUGAUAUCAAAACCUUCAAAAAAGAAACAGUCUUUAAAAAAUGCAGAUUUAUGCAUUGCUUCUGGUACCAAAGUGGCUCUGUUCAACCGUCUUCGAUCACAGACCGUCAGCACACGAUACCUCCAUGUAGAAGAUGGCAAUUUUCAUGCCAGUUCUACGCAGUGGGGUGCAUUUACAAUACACCUCUUGGACGACAAUGAAAGUGAAUCGGAGGAAUUUACUGUUCGAGAUGGUUACAUCCACUACGGCUCCACCAUCAAACUAGUGUGUUCUGUCACCGGAAUGGCUCUUCCGAGAUUGAUAAUCCGAAAAGUAGACAAGCAGACUGCGUUACUUGAUGCAGAUGACCCUGUGUCUCAGCUGCAUAAGUGUGCAUUUUACAUGAAAGAUACGGAGAGGAUGUACCUUUGUCUUUCUCAGGAGAGAAUUAUCCAGUUCCAGGCCACACCAUGUCCAAAAGAACCAAAUAAGGAAAUGAUAAAUGACGGUGCCUCUUGGACAAUAAUAAGCACAGAUAAAGCGGAGUAUACAUUCUUUGAAGGUAUGGGCCCUGUUAAGGCCACGGUUACCCCCGUACCAGUCGUCAGUAGCUUACAUCUAAAUGGUGGUGGAGAUGUUGCUAUGCUGGAAUUGACUGGAGAGAACUUCACGCCAAUCUUGAAAGUAUGGUUUGGUGACGUAGAAGCGGAAACAAUGUACAGAUGUGAAGAAAGCAUGCUAUGUGUAGUUCCUGAUAUUUCUGCAUUCCGUGCUGGUUGGCGAUGGGUACGGCAACCACUUCAGGUUCCUGUGACUCUGGUUCGAAAUGAUGGUAUCAUUUACGCUACAGGCCUGACGUUCACGUACACCCCUGAACCUGGCCCACGCCAACACUGCAACGCCGUCGACCGUGUCCUCCGUGCCAACUCUGAUCCACCUCCCCCCUCGUCUGUGAACUACUCUGCUCCUCCAAUGUAGCCAACUGUAGGGGGUGGGGAUAGUGGGGGGCGGGGACGGGGUGUGGUUUGUUAUUCUCCUUCUGUAAAAUUUAAUAUCAUCGUCAUCAUUAUCAUCAAUGUCGUUGUCAUCAUCAUUAUUAUCAUUAACGAUCAUCCUUGUCAUCAUUAUUGUCAUCGCAACAGUGAUAUGGAGUGACAUUCUAAACUGACUGGAAACUUACCUCAUCUUUCGAUAUGAGCACGGAAUAAGGACUUCCAAAGCAGAAGAUAAC